AUGGCUCCCAUCCACGUCGGCGCUCUGCUCUUCAAUUACCAGGCGAUCGACGUUAUCGGACCAUUCGAUGUACUCAAUUCCGCGAGUAAGGCGCUCCUCCAGGCUAUCAGUUUCUUCAACCCCAUCGAUCCGAACCUUAUAGCAAAGGCACCCGAAUUCGUCUUCCACCAUAUCGCAGAGACCCUGGAGCCGGUGCACCUGCUUACAAGCUCUGUGACAAUCAUGCCUACGGUCACUGCGGAUGACGUCCCGGAAUUGGAUAUUCUCAUCGUCGGCGGGGAUAGUCCUACGAACAGCAAUCUUGCUCCGAAACUGCAGGGCCUUAUUCGCCGCCAUGUCGCCGCUGGAAAGCUGCUGUUCACGACCUGCACUGGUGCUGGGAUUGUCGCAGCCACCGGCGUUCUGGAUGGCAAGAGGGCUACGGUCAAUAACGUCGAGUACAAUUGGCUGAAGAAGAAGUACCCGAAUGUCAAGUGGACAAAGGAGAAGAAGUGGAUCAUUGAUGGCAAUAUCUGGACUGGGAGUGGAGCAGUGGCGGGCAUGGAUAUGGUUGCCCACUGGAUCAAAGAGAAUUUUGGGCUGGAAAUUCUUACUCUCGCGGGCUUGUCGCUUGAUUAUGAACCGCGGGAUGUUGAUGGACUUUUCAAUGUGCUGCCCCACCGAUACGAUUCGGCCGGAAAUCAGAUUUCCACCCAUGUCUUUCCGAACGAGAUCUGA